GCAUUUCAUCGUGACUCAGAUAAUAAUUACGCACGUGAAUCGUAGGAAAUUCGUGCGACAAAGCAUUGGUAUAUAAUUGAAGCCAAGUACGAAUCACUGACAAUCAGUAUCUGAGCCUUCGUAACUGAGUUCACGCUUAAUGUUGGUACGGAAAUACGGACGUAUAAUAGUGCAAGUUUUCAGUAAAGUUCAUUGUUGACACCAACAAAGCCGUGGGGCGAAGACUAGCACAAGAUUAUGGAAACUUUGGAAAUACUAUGCGGCAUCAUUGCCGUAAUCCUUAUUAUCUAUUACUAUCUCACAUCGACCUUCAACUUUUGGAAAUCUCGUGGCAUUGCUGGUCCAAAACCAAUACCAUUGUUUGGCAAUGUGAAGGACGCAAUGCUUGCCAGAAAUGCUAUAAACAUUUUUGUGGCGGACGUAUAUAACAGCUACAAAGAUGAGCCCCUAAUCGGUAUAUUCAUUAAAAGGAACCCUGUUCUUAUCGUGAAAGAUCCAGAUAUAAUCAAGGACAUUCUCAUCAAAGAUUUCCCCAAAUUUGCUGACAGGGGAAUAUCCACUCACAAGAAUGAUUCGCUGUCGCAACAUCUAGUCGCCUUGGAGCCAAAAAGAUGGAGACCGUUAAGGACAAAGUUAUCGCCUGUUUUUACAGCUGGGAAAUUGAAAGAUAUGUUCCCUCUGAUGUUAGAAUGCUCCGAACACCUGGAAGCAUACGUGGGCCAAUUGGUGAAUAGAAACGAGCCCAUAGAGUGUCGUGAGCUAACGGCCAAAUAUACAACUGAUGUCAUCGGUAGCUGCGCCUUCGGUAUCGAUAUGAAUUCUAUAUCGGACGUGGACAGCGAAUUUCGCAAAAUGGGACGAGAGAUAUUUAUUCCGAGAUGGUACAAAUUAAUACGUUUCGCAAUAAGAGAAGGCGAGCCAUGGCUUUACAAUAUUCUCAGUUAUGUCCUACCGGAAACGGAGACCAACAAAUUCUUCAUGCGCAUUCUCAUGGAAAAUAUCGACUAUCGGGAAAAGAAUAAUAUCGUUCGACACGAUUUCGUCGAUACGCUACGCGAAUUAAAAAAGAAUCAGGACAAAAUCGAUAUUGAACUGACCGAUAGUGUGAUCGCUUCUCAAGCGUUCGUAUUUUUCCUCGCCGGUUUUGAAACUUCAUCGGCCACCAUGAGCCAUGCACUUUAUGAGUUGGCGCAAAAUCAUACGAUACAGGACAAACUACGAGAAGAAAUUAACCACGAGUACGCAAAGAAUGGUGAUUCUUUAUCAUACGACAACAUCAAAGGGAUGCCUUAUUUGGAUAAGGUUUUCAAAGAAACGUUACGAAAAUACCCGCCAGGGCAGGUUCUAAGGAGGAAAUCGACUUCGGAUUAUACCUUGAACGGCACUGAAAUUAAUUUACCGAAAGGCCAAGUUAUAUUUAUACCAGUUUUUGCAAUUCACCGAGAUCCUAAUAUAUAUCCGGAUCCGGAUGUUUUCGAUCCGGAGAGAUUUAACGAGGAAGUUAUGCAAACUAGGAAUCCGAUAUUGUAUCUUCCCUUUGGCGACGGUCCAAGAAAUUGCAUUGGUGCUCGCUUUGCUAUUUGCCAGACCAAAAUUGGACUCAUAAAGAUGCUGCGGAACUAUAAGAUUGACGUUUGCGAGAAAACGCAAAUACCUUAUGAAAUUGAUCCCAAAGCGUUUCUACUGGCACCAAAGAAUGGAAUAUACUUGAAAAUGACCAAAAUCAAUGUAGCAUAAUGUAUGAAUUUGAAUUCCGCAAGUAUACAUUAAGGAAGAAGAGGAAAAAGUGAACACUACUGUGGCUUAAAAUAACUAAUUCGAUAUAUAUAAUUGUAAUAUUAUUACAAAUAUAUAUGUACAUGUAUGGAUGUACA